AUGGACGGGCUCCGGGCUAGCGCGGGUUUGCUGAGGCGCGGGCGGCUGAGACGCCGGCGCCAGCCGCAAUCACACAGCGGGUCGGUGCUGGUCCUGCCCUUGAGGCCCAGGAAGAUCCGGAGGCAGCUGAGGAGAAGUGUUGCAUCCCGCAUGGCCGCGCUGAGGGCCCAGACGCUGCCAAGCGAAGACUCUGAGGACUUGAGGGUGGAAUCAACAGUUGACGAUCCCCAGGACCCGCUGCCUGCCGGAACGGUGGCCCCCCCGGAUGCGGCCCGGCGAGAGCUGCUGGAGGCCUCAGCAGCGGCCCGCUCCCUGCAAACACCCCCGGCGCGUUUGGUGGAGGCGCAGACCCCGCCGGCUCGCCUAGUGCCAGCCUCGGUGCCUCCGGCGCGCCUGGUGGACGUACCCACCGCACCGGCCCGCGUGGUGGAGACCUCAGCCCUACUGUGCUCUGCCCAGCACUUGGCGGCUGCCCCACCAUCCGUGGCCGCAGCGGCGCUGUUGGGGCCGCCGGUGGAUAGCAUGGGCGGGGAGCUAGCGUGGGAUUCUCCCUUGCAGCGGGUCUUGGCGGAGCUUAGCCGCAUCCCCAGCAGCCGGCGGCGGGCAGCACGCCUCUUCGAAUGGCUCAUUGCGCCCAUGCCACCCGAUCAUUUCUACCGGCGCCUGUGGGAGCGGGAGGCCGUGCUGGUUCGGCGGCAGGACCACACCUAUUACCAGGGUCUCUUUUCUACUGCCGACCUAGACUCCAUGCUGCGCAACGAGGAGGUGCAGUUCGGGCAGCACCUGGACGCCGCGCGCUACAUCGAUGGGCGGCGCGAGACCCUGAAUCCCCCGGGCCGCGCCCUCCCCGCCGCUGCUUGGUCCUUGUACCAGGCCGGCUGCUCCCUGCGGCUCCUUUGUCCGCAGGCUUUCUCGACCUCUGUGUGGCAGUUCUUGGCUGUGCUCCAGGAGCAGUUUGGAAGUAUGGCGGGCUCCAACAUUUACCUCACGCCCCCCAACUCUCAGGGCUUUGCUCCCCACUACGACGACAUCGAGGCUUUUGUCCUGCAGUUGGAAGGUAGGAAACUCUGGCGUGUCUACCGACCCCGGGUCCCGACUGAGGAACUGGCCCUGACAUCCAGCCCCAACUUUAGCCAGGAUGACCUUGGUGAGCCGGUGCUGCAGACCGUGCUGGAACCUGGAGAUUUGCUCUAUUUUCCUCGGGGCUUCAUCCACCAAGCCGAAUGCCACGAAGGAGUGCACUCUUUGCACCUCACCUUGUCCACAUACCAGCGCAAUACCUGGGGUGACUUCCUGGAGGCCGUACUACCUCUGGCAGUGCAGGCUGCAAUGGAAGAAAAUGUGGAGUUUCGUAGGGGGCUGCCCCGAGACUUCAUGGAUUACAUGGGGGCCCAGCAUUCGGAUUCUAAGGAUCCUCGAAGAACUGCUUUCAUGGAGAAGGUGCGGGUCUUGGUUGCCCGCUUAGGACACUUUGCCCCUGUCGAUGCUGUGGCUGACCAGCGAGCCAAAGACUUCAUCCAUGAUUCUCUGCCUCCUGUGUUGACUGAUAGGGAGAGGGCACUAAGUGUUUAUGGGCUCCCAAUUCGCUGGGAGGCUGGAGAACCUGUAAAUGUGGGGGCCCAGUUGACAACAGAAACAGAAGUGCACAUGCUUCAGGAUGGGAUAGCUCGGCUGGUGGGUGAGGGAGGCCAUUUGCUUCUCUAUUAUACAGUGGAAAACUCUCGUGUUUAUCAUCUGGAGGAGCCCAAGUGCUUGGAGAUACUACCCCAGCAAGCUGAUGCCAUGGAACUCUUGCUCCGCUCCUACCCAGAGUUUGUGAGAGUAGGGGACUUGCCCUGUGACAGUGUGGAGGACCAGCUUUCCUUGGCAACCAUGUUAUAUGAUAAGGGGUUACUGCUCACUAAGAUGCCUCUUACCUGAAGUAGUUUCUUGUUGAUUGCUAGAAACAAGGCAGUAGUGAUGAUUCUUUCCUGUCACUACCACCACCACCUUUUUUUGGGGAAAAACUUAUGUUCUUACCUUGAUCACCAUUGAUCUGCUCACAUUUACCUUUAUGACUGCUUCAAUGUCAGAAAACUCAGAUGAUCUUCUAGGAGCCUCAUCUAGGUACAAAAGUAAAAGCAGAAGCUGGAGGUGGAAAAAAGGAGCCAUUUCCUUCGAAGUAACCUUGAUCCCUGAUAUUUCAGAUUGGAAGAAACUUCCCCAUAUCUGGCAAAUGAAUAUUCUCAUGGUUGGUGGAAAAGAGCCUGGUGUACCAAAGAGAGCACUGGAUUUGGAACCAGAAGACCUGGGUUUGGGGUGGUGGCUGGUAGGCAGUUGGCUGAAUGACCUGAGGCUGCUGCUACGCCUGGGCACACAGAUUUUUGUAAGUAUAUAUUGGUCCAGCUUGAUGUCUGCACCUCAUCAUUUAAGUUGUAUCUUUAACUUUUAAGAUCCUGUCA